UUAUUUUGACACUGAUGACUCUCUCUCUUCAACCGUAGACGGAUUUCAUUUCUAUAAAAAUGAGAGGAAAUACCACGAAAUUUCCAUCAAAUUUCCCGAAAACUACUCAAUAAAUAACUUCACCUUCAACCUUCUAAUUAUCCUCCAUUUCCUCUUUCACUUACACUUCUCUGUUUGGCUCAUUUGCUCCAUUUUCGAAUUCCUCACUAAAUUCAGAGUGAAAUUCAGCUUUUGCUUAACAACUUCGCCCUAAAUUUAUAAAUUGAAGGGUAAUUAUGAGGUCUUCGUCAAUUUGUCAGCGUUUUCUAUCGUAACCGCCAUUUUAAGCUGCUAAUUACCAACUACGGAGGAUACUACUCUUUUAUCCUGGAGUAUUUAAUUUCGGGGGUUACUCAACGGUGCCUUCUUUGGCUUUGGAUACGGUACAAAUAGUGCAUUUGAUCCAGGAUAAGUCAUCAUGUCAGGAACUUUGCAGCUUUCUGAACAUUUGAAUAACAAUCGAGACAGAGUCAUAAGGUUUGAAGAACAGAAUUCAGAAGGAUCGUCAACAAGUUCUGAGCUACCAUUUUAUAUUACUCAAACAUCAUCACCCUCCACAGAGAAGACAGCGGGAUUUGGUUCAGUCUUUGGAGUUAUCCGUCGAGGAUUUAAGAGAGGUUCUCAUGGGAUAAGAACAUUAAAAGGACCUCUGAGUUUUCAGGCACUCUACUACCAAUCUGCAAAGAAGCCUGAACCUCAAGAGCAUGUACUUGAUCCCCAGGGGCCGUUUCUGCAAAAAUGGAAUAAGAUAUUUCUGAUAUCAUGUUUUUUUGCUAUGGCUUGGGAUCCAUUGUUCUUCUACAUUCCAGUCAUUGAUGGCAAGAAGAAAUGCCUCAGUUUGGAUAGAAAAUUAGAAAUAAUAGCUUGUAUUCUUCGCACAUCCACAGACUUGUUCUAUCUACUUCAUAUCAUCUUACAGUUUCGUACUGGUUAUGUCUCUCCUUCUUCUCGAGUGCUUGGAAGAGGUGUAUUAAUCAAGGAUUAUGCUUCUAUAGCUACAAGAUAUCUCUCGUCAUACUUCAUUGUGGACGUUCUGGCCGUGCUUCCCUUCCCACAGAUGGCAGUUUCCGUUAUCAUUCCAAAGUUGAUGAGGGAUGGUGGUCCUUUGACUUCUAAGGGUUUAUUAAAAGUAGUGAUUUUCGUUCAAUAUAUCCCACGGCUCAUUCGGAUAUAUCCUUUAUACAAGGAAGUAACUCGCACAUCAGGAAUAAUCACUGAAACAGCAUGGGCUGGAGCUGCUUUCAAUCUGUUCCUUUACAUGCUAGCCAGCCAUAUCGCUGGAGCAGUUUGGUAUUUGUUUGCUGUAGACCGACAAGGCAAAUGCUGGCACAGUUCAUGUUCAGGAGAAGGAUGUCAUUCUCUGUCUUUAUAUUGCAAAUACCAACCCAACCCUGUAUUAAACUACACAUUAAGCAGUUCUUAUUGCAAGCUUGUAGAUCCUGGUGUCAUAACAGAUGCUUCCACGUUUAACUUUGGCAUGUACUACGAUGCUCUUCAAUCAGAAGUGGUACAAUCCACUCAUUUUUUAAGGAAACUCUUCUACUGCUUUUGGUGGGGCCUUCGAAAUCUUAGCUCUCUUGGUCAGAAUCUGAAGACAAGUACUUUCAUUGGGGAGAACUUAUUUGCAACCUUCAUUUGUAUUGCUGGACUGGUUCUGUUUUCAUUGCUUAUUGGGAAUAUGCAGACAUAUCUACAAUCAACAACUGUUAGAGAAGAGGAGAUGAGAAUAAGAAGGCGAGAUGCAGAGCAGUGGAUGUCCCACCGUUCGCUUCCAGAGGACAUGAGAGAGAGGAUUAGAAGGUAUGAGCAAUACAAUUGGCAAGAAACAAGAGGUGUUGAUGAAGAGAGUGUUAUUAGAAACCUUCCUAGGGAUCUUAGGAGGGACAUAAAGAGGCAUCUCUGCAUGGCUUCUCUGAUGAGAGUUCCAAUGUUUGCAAAAUUGGACGAGCAACUGAAAGAUGCAAUGUGUGAUCGUCUCAAACCAGUUCUUUAUACUGAUAAGAGCUUCAUUGUACGCGAGGGUGAUCCAGUUAACGAAAUGCUGUUUGUAAUGAGAGGAAGUUUAUUGACUAUGACCACAAAUGGUGGAAGAACUGGCUUCUUUAAUUCAGUUUCCCUUACAGCUGGUGAUUUCUGUGGAGAAUCAUUGCUCACAUGGGCCCUAGAUCCACAGUCCUCUUCCAAUCUGCCCAUCUCAACUAGGACUGUACAGUGUGAGACAGAAGUUGAAGCCUUUGCUCUAAUGCCUGAUGAUCUCAAGUUUGUGGCUUCGCAGUUUCGUAGGCUUCAUAGUAAGCAGCUCCGGCACACCUUUAGGUUUUAUUCACUACAAUGGAAGACAUGGGCAGCCUGUUUCAUACAGGCUGCAUGGCGACGUUACUACAGAAGGAAGAAGCUUGAGAAAUCUUUACAAGAAGCUGAAGAAUAUGCUCUUGCAAAGGAAGGUGGAAGCUCACCAAGCUUUGGUGCCACCAUUUAUGCAUCAAGGUUUGCUGCUAAUGCACUUCGUAAUCUGCGACGUAAUAGUCCCCUAAAUACCAGAAUUCCACCAAGGUCACCCCUCCUCAACUUGCAAAAGCCAACUGAACCUGAUUUCACAUCCAUCUGAACUCUGAAGAUGGCCAGUUAGCAUUUCAGAACUCUCCCUUUCAAGUUGUUCUUGCUUCUUCUCUUUAAUAGUGAUGUUUAGAAUUAGAUUAACACCAUUCAACAUGUAAAAUUUGUAAAGUUACUGUAGUAAGUAUAAACUACAACUCUACAAGCUAGUUUCAAAUGCAAAGUGAUAGUAGUCUAGUAGGAUCAGUAAAUGUCCAGUUUGUAGUUCAAGUGAUUCUCCAAUAUGAUUGCCAGUUCUCAUUC